UUAAGACCAAGUAGCUGGGGAAUCAACAUACCGAUCAUGUAGAAGAUCGACAAACCAGAAAUCAAGAUCCCAAGGCUCCACAGUUUGCAUAAAUAUGGAUGCAUGAGAGAUGCAGUAAAGCACACUUUCCUCAUGGUCAUGGAGCUCCAAGUGUUCUCCUUCCCUAUCCUGUUCACCUUCUUUCUCUUUAUGUUUGCAGUAGUGAAAAUAACGAAGAGAUUCAAAACCAACUCAACUUCAAAUCUACCUCCAGGGCCAUGGAAGCUACCUGUCAUAGGAAACUUGCACCAGUUUGUUGGCUCUCUUCCCCAUCGUGCAUUAAGAGACUUGGCCAAUAAACAUGGACCUCUCAUGUACCUUCAACUAGGAGAAGUUCCCACCAUUGCUGUUUCAUCUCCAGAGUUAGCCAGAGAGGUGAUGAAAACCCAUGAUUCUAUCUUUGCAACGAGGCCAACCAUUCUGGCUUCAGAAAUCAUGUCCUAUGAUUCUUCCGACAUCGUCUUUGCUCAAUAUGGAAAUUACUGGAGACAGCUGCGAAAGAUUUGUGUGUUAGAGCUUUUAAGCUCAAAACGUGUCGAAUCUUUCCGACCAAUUAGAGAAGAAGAGAUAUCAAACCUCGUUAAAUGGAUUGCUUCAAAAGCAGGGUCUUCUAUCAAUCUUACGGAGAAAUUGUUUUCAACCAUGUCUGUCAUUACUGCAAGGGCGGCCUUUGGUAAGAAAUGCAAAGAUCAAGAGAAAUUCCUGUCAGCUGUGUUGGAAGCUUUUAAGGUGGCUGGAGGUUUCGAGAUUGCUGAUGUUUUUCCUUCUUUUAAACUGCUUCAUCUGAUCAGUGGGAUGAGAAUAAAACUUGAGAGGAUGCAUCAAGUGGCUGACAGGGUGUUGGAAAACAUCAUCAAUGAUCAUAAAGAGGCCAAGGCAACAACAACAAAAUCAGGAGAGGCUGCGACCACAGAAGAUUUGGUAGAUAUUCUCUUAACGACCUUUCAGGAGCAUGGCGACAGUGAGUUUUCCUUAACUAACGACAACAUCAAAGCUGUAAUCCUGGACAUGUUCAGCGCUGGGAGUGAGACGUCAGCCACAACCAUGACUUGGGGAAUGGCAGAAAUGAUUAAACAUCCAACAGUGAUGAUGAAGGCACAAGCUGAGGUGAGAGAAGUGUUUAAUAGAAAAGGGAAGGCCGAUGAAACAGCCAUGAAUGAGAUGAAAUAUUUGAAGUUAGUUGUUAAGGAGACCCUGAGAUUACACCCUCCUGCUCCUCUGCUAGUUCCCAGAGAAUCUAGAGAGAGGUGUGAAAUUAAUGGGUAUGAAAUUCCUGCCAAAACUAAAGUAAUUGUUAAUGCUUGGGCAAUUGGAAGAGAUCCCAAAUAUUGGAAUGAACCAGAGAAGUUUGAUCCAGAGAGGUUCCUUGAUAGCACUAUUGACUAUAAGGGGACUAAUUUCGAAUUUAUCCCGUUUGGAGCCGGAAGGAGGAUAUGCCCCGGCAUGACAUUUGGCCUUGUGAAUGUUGAGUUCGCACUUGCAAUGUUUUUGUACCAUUUUGAUUGGAAACUUCCCAAUGGAAUGAAGAAUGAAGGCAUGGACAUGACUGAGACCACCGGCCUCACAGCAAGAAGAAAAGCCGAUCUGCUCUUGAUUCCCACUCCAUAUUAUCCGAUGCCGGUUGAAUAAGCUCAAGAAUGGUUACUUACAAAAAAAUAAAUAAAUAAAUAAACAAAAAGAAAGCUCAAGAAUGGAAGAUUUUGGGGAGAGAUGUUUCAUUGCUCUUUGGAUCUUCUUCAUGCAUGCAUGCAUGCUUUAUCAUCGUAACCAUGUCAUGUACAAAUCUAUUUCACUGUGUUAGUGGAUCUAUAGUUCUUUCAGAAGUUUUGUGGUUCCUUCUUUGUCCAGACUCUAUGAAUAACAGGUUAUAGACA